GCCUAGAUAUAGGGAUGGUUGGUCUCCUCAUGCUAAUGAGGUUUAGACCAUGUUGAGACGUACUUUUGUUCUGUGGGAUUUUGAGUAUACCUUAUAUGUCUAUGUCUUCAUCUUCAUCAUUCUCCUAAUUAUCUGGCAAGUAAAAAGGAGUUACCAUGGAUUAAGGCUGGAACCUCAAAGGAGCUGCUGCCCGCGUCACAGAAGAGUCAGGAUACGAGAUGCAGCAUUUAGAGGUCGGAGACUCUCCCGGAAAGAAGCUGAGAAGCCGUGGGAGCUGCUCUCUGUCAUGAAAAGCCAGGGCUGGCUUCCUCAGGAGGGAAGUGUGCGGCGGCUCCUGUGUGCAGACACCUGCUGCCAAAUCUGCAAUUCUAUGGCGCUGGAGAUCCAGCAGUUGCUGGUGGGUGAGAACACCCUGAUCUGUCCUGCUUCAUCAGAACCAUAGCAGGGCUCCUCUUGACUAGAGAUUUUGUCCAUCUCUACUGUGUCUUUAGAACAGAAUCUGGACCAAAGUUCCCUACACUCCACAGCACUUGCAUGUCCAUCUCUAGCACCCCCAGUGUUGCAAUCAAUGGAUCAUAAAUGCUUAACACAGUCAGCUGCCCAGUCAACUGGUAAAGUCAGGGUACACGAUUAUUGGGCUGAACACCACCAGCUGGGGCAGGGAUUUCAAAUAUCAGAGGUGCCCAGGGGCCUGGAUACUAUGUCUUGCUCAAGACUUGAGGAGGCUAGGUUAACAGUGAACCAGCAGGAGAUGAUGCAGAGCACCCCCAACCAUGUCUAUGGGAACCAAGGGCAGCAGCUCUUGAAUUCCCAGGUCGCUCUGCAGACCCUAAACCACCAAUUCACUACCCAGACACACCCUAUGGGCUUGCAUAUGGUUACUGUCCUCCCUGCCAACCUGCCAUUCCUUAGUCCUGAAGUCCUGAGGGUUCUUGAGGUACAUGUGAAAAAAUGGAUGCAUUUUCAGAGAUGGGGACUUCCCAGACGUGUGGAAGAGUCCCUAAGGCAGCUUAUCCCAAACCCGCCAUUCUUUUGCCAAAGUGUAAAUAACCAACCGGUUUCUUUCAUCCCAAAUGAUACUUCUAAGUUCUCGAUUGAAAAACUGGGGACCUAUUCCUACCAGAACUGGGGUCCAUGUAUGGCCAGCCAGCCUACACAGGCUUUCUGGGUUUCAGAAUGGUCCAUCAUGGACCCAGAACAAAGACACCACCACCAGCAAAUUGCAAACCAUAUGGCUGUGGCCUUGCCCUCUCCAGCCUUUAAAGACUCAAGUGGCCUCUGUCCACAUCUUGGGCACCAGGCUCAUGACUCAGUGGCCCAUCUGCAGCAGAAAUAUAGCCAGCUAUUCUGUGGUCUCCCUUCCCUACACAGUGAGUCCCUCGUUAACACCUUAAUAGGCUCUCAAAGCCUCUCCACAAAUGGGAACAUAUGCCAGUACCCCCUGAAGGAUGCUUUUCUCUUCAAGGAACUUUCUGUCAUCCCUCUGCUGCCUAAAAUUCCACCCCAAUCAGCCCCACCCUCUUCCCCAUCUGACUACCAACAAGCUCACAUCAGUGUUCCAUUUCUGACGUUGGCCGAGUGUGAUGCCUUGGAGUGGCACCUGCUGCAGAAGCAGCUCCAGCUUCAGUGGGGCUUGCCAGUGGUUUUCCAGAGAUGUCAGCACAACCAGAGACCCACGCAGAAUAGGCCCUGUGGAAAAGCCCAGUCUCCUGAGACAGUGAAAACUUUUUGGCCAGUGAAGCCCAUCGCAGUCCUCACUAGGAAACUACUCUUCUUCCCGGAACAUGCCCGGAGGCUGCUGGAAUUCCAUCUCCAGAGGCAGUUGAUUCACCAUCGCUGGGGCCUGCCCCAAAAGAUCCAGGAGUCCAUCCAGUUGCUCCUGUCCCCCACUGAUCAGUCGACUCUGUCUUGGAGCAGCACAGCCCUAGCCAACAUGAGUGCUCCCCAACCUACAGCCCUAGAGGCCACUGGGGCCGGUGACCCAUUCUCGCCCAUCACAGACCCAGUGUCAGUCCCCAUGCCACACUUGUUUGACCAGGCCAAGGCAAUAUUACAGAGCCACAUGAACUCCAAAGGUGGGCAGAUCCACCAGGGCAAGGUCCCUGCUUGUGUAUAUAGCUCUUGGCAGUGCAUCAUUCCUGGGGACCUGCAACUGGCUCCCUUAACCUGCAUCCCAGAAAGCAAGACCUUGGAGCUGCAGGCAGCAACUGACCCUGCCCCACAAGAGAAAGUUACACCCUCGACACCAAUGGCCCUUGACCAACAGCAACAAGCCUCACCAGAUACUGUCACUGAACACCCUAAACUGCCCCAAGCCCUGUCCGAGGGAGCCAUUGAGAAACUGGAGACAACUCUGCGGCACAAGUAUCUGGCCUUCUUGUCAGGGCUGCCUGCUCUUUAUUAUGUGGCUCUUUCCAGAGCCAUGGCACCGGCAAUCACUACCCAAGAUGUAAUCGCAGGACUGGAGCCUGGACCUGGAAAAUUCCCAACUGAACCUCUGACUCAGAUGAGCUCAUCUGAAGAGAAGUGUCUGAGUCCCGGACCGUGCUUUCAAGAUGCCAACAAUACUUGUGCAGACAUUGCAGAUGAAUUGCAGGCUGAAGGGCAGGUAGAAGGAAUGAUCGAGACAGUGCCUCUAGAAAGCCAGACAGAGACUUCUGGGCCCUACACACUCAAGAAACCCAUCUUGGCCAAAUUAAAUUUCCAUCUAAGAAAGAAGAUCUUAGAGAUACAACUGGGAAUUCCCAUAAAGGCAAGGAAGUCCAGAGAACAAACUAUAGCAAUCCCAGAGAACACAUCCACACAGGCGUCUCCAGAGAAUCUGAACAACCAGGGGAAAACACUGCCCCAGAAUCUCCCUACCCCACCAGAUGCUCCUCGUGCCCCAGAUCCAGAAUGGCUCCACCUUAAAGAACAGCUGGCCAUUGAAUUAAAGGCAGUGCAGCAGAACCAGAAGCAACCCAGUUCCAGAGCAGUACCUCAUGCCUCUGCCCACUGGGCCUCAAAGAUCUCACAACCCAGUGGCGACAUGACAGAGGCCCAGGUACUUUGUGUUCAGCUAGAGGCCAGUGUGAACAGCCACAGCCUGGAGGAAUCCUGGAGCCCCGAGCCCCAAAGCCCUGGCAAAAGCAAAGACUCAGCCCAAGUCCCCAUACCGGUAGAAAAGAGAAAGGACCCAGGAAAACCCAAACUGGCAGGGGACCACGGAGAAGGGGAUGCAGGGUUUGCACACUCCUCUACAAAAGAAAUAAGCCACCCUGAUGCAGCCCAGAGGCCAGAAAGGAUGAAGAGGACACCACGCGGUCCCUGGCAACGAAGCCAUAGCUUUCAUCUUGAUGCUCUCUGUGAACAUAGUACCCAGCACCCUCAGAUUAAGCUUCCAGAGCCACCUCCAGGAAUCCCUGGGGGAAAAGAAUCUGAAAAGAAUGCCCUGCAUGACAGUCAAACCAAGCCCAAUGUCCUUCUCAAACCAGGAAAGAUUCCUAAGAAUGCCCAGCCUGUGGUGUCCCAGGCAUCACAGGACCAGCCUUUCCUGGGCCAGCUCAUUCAGGGCAAGCCUUUGCAGGGCCAAACUUUGAAAACUCAAGUUUUUCAGGGGCAGGUGAUGCCAGUCCAUACUCAUAAGAGGCCCAGCCUUCUAGAAUCUGGCUUGAGAAGGAAGAUGAAAUCCUUUCUGCAUUGUUUUAACACCAAGACAAAAGGCAAAGGCCAUGAGGAAUCCAUGUUCUCUUCAGCUGGGAAGGUGGCCAACACCAGAAAAGAAAAUUUAGAAAAGAGCUUGGCUCUAGCCAAAAGUCCCACAGGGCAAACCAAGACAGAGAACAAAGGAGGGGACUCCAAGGCCCAAUCUUCCCCCACUGAGAAGCAGGUGGGCCUGGGCUUCUUGGAAGGUCCCCAUUACCCAGACAGUAAGCUCUGGCACCGCUCCCGCUCCCAGCAACUCCAUUGUGCCUCAGUCUUGGGUCACCCUCGCCACUGCCCUCGGCACUGUCCUAGAGUGGCUUUUGCUACCCAACCAGGGAACAUGACCUAGGUCUCAACUCUCACGUUAGAGGGAAACGUUAGUCUUUCAAGAAGACCCAACACAAUCAAGGACUUUGUAGGCUCCCCAUGUCUGCGUCCUUUGAAGAAGACUGCUACUGUCAUUUUCAUUAAUGUACAGGUGGGGCAGAGCACCACUGAAAUACAUUAUACCUUUAAGCAAA